UGCAACUUACUAGGCGUUGAUAGAACUGGUGGUAAUUCCAUCUAAAAUCAUCCAAAAUGGUUAAUUUUACAAUCGACGAGAUCCGUGAGAUCAUGGACAAAAAGAAAAACAUCAGGAACAUGUCCGUAAUUGCUCACGUGGAUCACGGAAAGUCAACGCUCACUGACUCACUUGUCAGUAAGGCUGGUAUUAUUGCUGGUGCCAAAGCAGGAGAAAUGAGAUUUACAGAUACAAGAAAGGAUGAACAAGAACGUUGUAUUACGAUCAAAUCAACGGCUAUUUCUCUUUACUACUCAUUGCCUGAAAAAGAUUUGCAGCAUAUUACUCAACCCCGUGAGGAAGGAAUAAACUCUUUCUUGAUCAAUUUGAUUGAUUCACCUGGACACGUGGAUUUCUCUUCUGAAGUAACUGCUGCUCUUCGAGUAACUGAUGGAGCUUUAGUUGUGGUUGAUUGUGUGUCAGGUGUCUGUGUACAGACUGAAACUGUGCUAAGACAGGCCAUUGCCGAAAGAAUAAAGCCUGUGUUGUUUAUGAACAAAAUGGACCUGGCUCUUCUAACAUUGCAGUUGGCCCCAGAGGAACUUUACCAAACUUUCCAGAGAACUGUUGAGAAUGUCAAUGUUAUCAUUGCCACAUAUGGUGAGGACGGUGGACCUAUGGGAGAAGUCAUGGUCGAUCCCGCUAAAGGAACAGUUGGGUUUGGUUCAGGUUUGCAUGGAUGGGCUUUCACUCUGAAACAGUUUGCUGAGAUUUAUUCUGAAAAGUUCAAGAUUGAAGCCCACAAACUUAUGAAACGUCUUUGGGGGGAUCAGUUUUAUAAUCCAAAAGAAAAGAAGUGGGAUAAAGAAUGCAAAGAAGGGUAUGUCAGAGGGUUCACUCAAUACAUCCUCGAUCCUAUCUACAAAGUUUUUGAAUUUUGCAUGAAGAAACCAAAGGAAGAUGCUCUUGCUCUCUGUGAAAAACUUGGAAUUAAGUUGACAACAGAAGAAAAAGAAAAUCAGGAGAAACAACUUAUGAAAGUUGUGAUGAGAAAAUGGCUGCCAGCAGGGGAUGCUUUACUUCAGAUGAUCACCAUUCAUCUGCCAUCUCCAGUAACAGCCCAAAAGUACAGAAUGGAACUGCUUUAUGAAGGACCUCAUGACGACGAAGCUGCUAUUGCCAUCAAGAACUGCGAUCCCAAGGGGCCUCUUAUGAUGUAUGUCUCCAAGAUGGUGCCAACUUCGGACAAAGGUCGCUUCUUUGCUUUUGGUCGUGUCUUCUCAGGCGUUGUUGUGACUGGGAUGAAGGCCAGAAUUAUGGGACCUAACUUUGUGCCUGGAAAGAAGGAAGAUUUGUAUGUCAAGAACAUACAAAGAACAAUCUUGAUGAUGGGUAGAUACACUGAGCCCAUUGAAGAUGUGCCAUGUGGAAAUGUCUGUGGUCUUGUUGGUGUUGAUCAGUUCUUGGUGAAAACAGGAACCAUUACUACUUUUGAGAAUGCCCACAACUUACGUGUCAUGAAAUUCAGUGUCAGUCCUGUUGUGCGUGUGGCUGUUGAAUGCAAAAACCCUGCUGAUCUGCCAAAAUUGGUUGAAGGUCUCAAACGUCUUUCAAAAUCUGAUCCACUUGUGCAAAUUUCAAUCGAAGAGUCAGGUGAGCACAUCAUUGCUGGUGCUGGAGAGUUGCAUCUGGAAAUCUGCUUGAAAGAUUUGGAGGAAGACCAUGCUUGUGUGCCCAUUAAGGUGUCUGAACCUGUUGUUUCAUACAGGGAAACUGUUAGCGAAGAAUCAGAUAGAAUGUGUUUGUCCAAGUCCCCUAACAAGCACAACAGGUUGUACAUGAAAGCAGUACCUAUGCCAGAUGGCUUGUCUGAUGAUAUUGACAAGGGAGAAGUGCACCCAAGACAAGAAGUAAAGGAACGUGCCAGAUAUCUAGCAGAGAAGUAUGAUUAUGAUGUAACAGAGGCUCGUAAAAUAUGGUGUUUUGGACCAGAAACAAAUGGACCCAAUUUGGUCAUGGACUGCACAAAAGGAGUGCAAUACCUUAAUGAAAUAAAAGACAGCGUUGUGGCUGGAUUCCAGUGGGCCUCAAAAGAGGGUGUCUUGUGUGAAGAGAACAUGAGAGGAGUCAGGUUUAACAUUUAUGAUGUCACCCUGCAUGCUGAUGCUAUCCAUCGUGGAGGUGGUCAAAUCAUCCCCACAGCCAGAAGAUGCUUUUAUGCCAGCGUCCUUACUGCCGCUCCUCGUCUCCUCGAACCCGUCUACCUUGUUGAAAUUCAGUCUCCUGAGGCAGCAGUGGGUGGAAUUUAUGGAGUGUUGAACAGAAGACGUGGUCAUGUGUUCGAAGAAAAUCGUGUCAUCGGCACCCCUAUGUUCGUAGUUAAGGCUUAUUUGCCUGUCAACGAAUCAUUUGGUUUUACAGCUGACUUGCGUUCGAACACUGGUGGCCAAGCUUUCCCACAAUGUGUAUUUGACCAUUGGCAAAUCUUGAAUGGGGAUCCAUUUGAACCCUCAAGCAAACCAUAUGCUGUUGUCACGGAAACAAGGAAACGCAAGGGUCUGAAAGAAGGUGUUCCUCCUCUGGACAACUUCUUCGAUAAAUUGUAAUGAGAUUUGAGAAUUGACAUUUUAUUGUAAUUGGAACUCAUUUCAAAAUAUUCGGAUGUUUACUAUCAAAUUACGUUGCUAAAUAAAUAUGAUUACCGAUUAAGUUUAUUUUGUAUCUGUAUUCCACUUUUUGUCAAACGUUUUAUUUCGAAUGAGUUUAGUGGUUACUGAUUUUGGCAUGUUAAGUGUUGAGAAUUGUGUCGGCAAUAUCCAAUGCACCUGUUAAUGUAUUUGAUUUUUUUGACAUAAUUUACGACUUGGCCUGUCAAACUCUAAAAAUGGAUUCGACUAGACAUGAAUUAAUCAUUAUUUUCAUUAUGUAGUCUUUUUUCAGUUAUUUCACUACUUCGUUUAUGAUUAUUUUAUUUAGAGUUCAGACACUUGAUGGUAAGUGAUUAUUUCUUGGUUAUUUCUCAAGUCUGUUAAUGAUCGGGAGGGACCGUGCGUUGAAAUAUGUGUCGUAGAGGAAAAUGUUUUGAAAAGUUUCAAUUGUUCUCUUUUGCAUUAUUUAUUUUAGGAAAUUAAACAUUUAAAUAAACGUUCGAAUC